CAGAGCUCCGUGCCAGUGCCUAUGAUGCACUGCAAACAGCGGCAGUCACUCGCCAGCUUCAUGUAUGCCAGGGAAGACCAUGGCGGAGUACAGCUCUCUGCUCAGCGACCUGUCUGAAAACAUCACCAAUGAGGAUUUGGAGCAGCUCAAAUCAGCCUGCAAGGAGGACAUUCCUGAAGACCAGAGCAACAACAUCACCUCCUCCAAAGAGUGGUUCAGCUACCUGGAGAAGAACGACAAGCUGGCCCAAGAUAACCUGUCGUACAUCGAGCACAUCUUUGAGAUUUCACGACGACCGGACCUGCUGACGAGGGUGAUCGAGUAUCGCACCACUGUGCUCAAAAUAUCUGAGGACGAUGAGAUUGACACCAAGCUCACGCGCAUUCCCUCUGCUAAGAAAUAUAAAGACAUCAUCCGCCAGCCAUCUGAAGAUGAGAUCAUUAAGUUGGCCCCUCCCCCUAAAAAAGUGUGAGGUCCCCCAGCCUUGAUCUUUGCACUUUGAUUUCACCACUCAAAUUAACCAAACAACCAACCAUUGCUGACCAACCUUGUUAGUCCCCACACCACAACCACACUGCACCCUCACACACACAUCUUACUGCCCUGCCUCCCCUACUUCACUCCCCAGGUUCACACAUCCCGACAGAGGACCAUGCAGUCGGCCACCUUCAAAAAAAACCAAUAUGAUCAUGGCUUCAUACCAAGCUGAGGGGAGAUGGAAAGUAACAAGACAAAGCAAGGACACUACAAAUCUGGAUUUGGACCGACAUGUGUGAAAGACAAAAUCUACCCCCAAAACAGACACUGAGUGGGUCAGUUCAGGAUGAGUUUGCAUGUCAUAGGAUUGUUUUAAGUUAACACAAAGGCAUACAACCCAUGAAGAAGCAGAAACUUUAAACCCUGUCUCCAAGCAAAACAAAAUGAAAUGUCAUAUUUUCUGGACAAAAAAUUAUACGUAACAAUAGAUGCCAUUUAGAUGUAUACACACUGUAUGAGCAACGACAUAUAACUGUGACAAACACAAUUCAUUAGUACUUAAAAGUUUGUUGUUUUUGUUUGUUGUUUUGAUAGUUUUUUUCUUUUUGUUUUUUUUUUUGUUUUUUUUUUGUCAAAUUUACUAUUUGUGCAAAAUAGCCAAAAAGAAAAUCAAAACUAGUGUUCUGAUUAUUAAACUACUUGCUUGAACAUAAGCCAAAACUAAAAUAUCUCAUAGUUUUGAUCAUAGAAACAGUUUUAAAAAGAUACAUUUUAAAGAUUUAAUCUGGUGAAAAUAAAUUAAAUCUUACUCUUACUGCAUUGUCUAAUUUCUAUGAGGGUGUAAGGCUGGCUGCCUAAAUAUCAAACUUUGUGUUUGUCAUGUAAAAAGAAUAGUUAAACUCACACCUGGCUACUAGCAGAGGGUUAGCAUUAGCAUAAGGACUGCAAACAGGAAGUUAUGUUGUAUUGUUUUUAGUCUCUAUAAUAAGCUAAGCUAAGUUAAACUCUGCUAACAGCAUUAGCUAGGUUAACCCCUGCUACUAGCAGCAGUAAGCUAAGCUAAGUUAACCUUUGCUAGCAGUUAGUUUA